CCUCCCUUCAGUCUUCAGUAUUCCAUUUUCUGAAGGGGUAUGAGUGAAGCUAAAUUGAAAAUUUCAAUUUCAUUUCUUCACAUUAACAUAAAAGUAGUGCAAUAAUAUUCUAAAAUACAUCUUAAAAGUUGUAGCCCUCGAAAAGUGUUUAAUGCGGAGAGGACAUCACAUUUUAAGAUAUAUUUAUAAAAACACGAAGAUCUGAACUGUGCUUAGUUAUACACACAUACAGACCACAACAAAAAUAUUUGGGGAAUUACGGACAGAUUCCAACUAAGUUACAAUGGUUACAAUGAGACGAGCGCGUAAUCAGACCAACGCCCGGCUAUCCGAGGCUGUUUUGCGUCCAAAUUCCGUAUCCGAAAAUGGAAGAGCUCGCCAGAACUUAAACCCAGAAGUGUUGGCUACAAUGAGCAAAGAACAACUACGGGCUGAGUGCAGGAAACGCGGACAACGGGCUACGGGCAACAAAAACGAGCUGCUAGCCCGUCUCGGGUAUUACAAGCUGGCGGCGGCGCAGGCCGACACGGAGCAGCGCGCGCGCAACGGACUCCACAACCCCCAUCCUAAAGAGAUUAGAAUAAGAAGCAAGGAGAACAUGGAUUCAGACAGCAAUCUGGUGUUAUGGCGGCGACCCAUCACCACACUAGAAUACUUCUUCAAAGAGCUAUUCGCGCUCACCUCCGCCGGGCUCCAAAGAUUAUUAGCGUACAAACUCCUGGCUUUAUUAAUAGUAUUGAUUAUUACCGGUACGACGGUGUCCUACCACAUAAGCGGGCCUCAUCAGCCAUAUGUACAUCUAGUAAUAUCAACACUAGCGUGGUGGGGCUGGUGGGUGAUCCUUGGCGUCUGCAGUUCCGUAGGCCUCGGGACCGGCCUCCACACAUUCCUCCUAUACCUGGGGCCUCACAUCGCGCGGGUCACUCUCGCCGCGUACGAGUGCGGCAGCCUCAACUUUCCUGAGCCGCCCUACCCUAACGAUAUAAUCUGCCCAGCAGAAAUCGAUCCCAACAACGCCGUGUCCAUAUGGAAUAUCAUGGCCAAAGUGCGCGUCGAGUCCAUGAUGUGGGGCAUCGGUACCGCGCUGGGAGAACUGCCUCCGUACUUCAUGGCGAGGGCAGCGCGUCUGUCUGGCGGCAGUGUGGCGGAGCUGAAUAUAGAUGAUGAAUCUACUUUGAGCAGAGCAAAGAAAACAGUACAAAAGCUAGUCGAGCAGAUCGGCUUCAUCGGCAUCUUAGCCUGCGCGUCGAUACCCAACCCGCUCUUCGAUCUCGCCGGGCUAACCUGUGGGCACUUCCUCGUACCGUUCUGGACGUUCUUCGGAGCCACGGUGCUGGGCAAGGCGGUUAUCAAGAUGCACAUACAGAAGAUGUUCGUUAUUGUGUCCUUCAAUGAGACGCUUGUUGGGCAAGUCCUAACCUGGGUGGAGCGGAUACCCUACGUCGGGCCCAAGCUCGAAGCGCCACUCCUCGAAUUCCUGCGCAACCAGAAGGCCAGACUACACAAAAACGACUCCGCACUGCCCGAGAACUCGGGCUCAGUACUCUCCAGUUUACUAGAGAAGUUCGUGCUCGCGAUGGUGCUGUACUUCGUGGUGUCGAUAGUGAAUGCUCUGGCGCAGAAUUAUAACAAGAGGAACGGGAAGAAGAAAGGGAAGAAGAGGGAAUAGGGACGCGCGCCGCCCGAGGCGACACCACACACCGCGCGCCGUCGAACGUCGGAAAAACGUCGGCGGCGGUAGUACCCAAUAAACCGCGAUGAAAGUUAAAUAGUUAUUUUAUUAAGACCGAGCACGCAAUACUACAACACACAUGCCGUCCUUAUCUCACAUGUAUUGUCAACAUAUGUACGAUAGAGAGAGCAUGUUUCUUGUAGUUUUGUACUAGCUUUAAGUCCACCUGUCCUGUAAAAUAGAGGCAAUGUCUUAUGAAUACAUAGUCAAAAACCAUAAGUUUCAUUAGUAUAAGAUAUAAGAUACUUUUAAUGUGAGAUGUUGG